GUGUGGGCAACUACGUCAUGGCGCGUUGCAUGCUGGGUAGCGGCCGCCAUGUUUUAGGACACUCUAUCAAAACAUAAAUGGACCGUGCGAAGAGCAAGUGCAAGAUACCUUACCGCGAUAAGCUAAACAAAGAAGCAAAGGAACGCUACCUUGAGAAAAUUGAGGGAAUUAAUGGGCUUGAUCCGUACGAACAUCAUGAGUGGACAGGUGAUUUUAACGAGCUACCACAAAUUACUAUUCCUGACGUGUUUAGCUACCUUGUUUGUGGCGUGAGCGCCUACACAUUCGAGCAGUUCAGGAAUUAUAAAUCUCUCGAAGCUCAUCUUCAGUUUACCAAUGGAUGGGUGCAGGACCUGCAGAUUUUCAGAGUCAAUGACCAAAAAACCGUCGUUCUCACAAAGGUUUUGCACUCUCAGCGCCUCAAUGAACCUCCGCUUCAACCCUGGGUGAUUGUCAGUUCUAGUGGCCAAGUGGACUGCGCGCACUGCACAUGCAUGGCUGGCAUUGCAGAGUCUUGUACACACAUUGGGGCUCUCCUGUUUAAAAUUGAGGCUGCAGUGCGUAUACGCGUGACCAAAACAGUCACUGAUGUUCCAGCUUAUUGGAUGAUGCCCACUAAUGUUGACAAGGUUCAAGCAGAGGUAGGUUACAAGAUUGACUUCUCCACUGGUGCGGCUAAGAAGAAGGCCCUUGACAAGUGCAUCAGAGGGGAGAGAAGUAUGCCAAGUAUACGUACUCGUGUUGGUUCCAGAAGUCUGUGUGAGCAUAAACCCACACUUUCAAACCUGUCUCCCUUGCUUCAGAUUUUGCACACUCAUAGCAAGGCUGUUUGUCUUUCUGGAAUGGAGGACUACUACCAUCAUUAUGCAGACCCUGUUAAGCCAGUGGUAGUGCCAAUGUCAUUACUGCAUCUUCGUGACAAAGGAAAGGAUGGAUGUGAACUGUCUGUUCUGCAGCAGCACUGUGAGAGCCUUACAAACCUGGUGGCGCUAACAGAGGCACAGGCAGCAGCAGUGGAAGUUCAGACAAGACAGCAGCAUCGAUCCCCUGUCUGGUUCACAUCAAGAGCAGGAAGAAUAACAGCUUCCAAUGUCCACGCUGUUGUGUCCACCAGUGUCACUGCACCAGCCAUGUCGAUUGUGAGAAAAGUGUGCUACCCCAAAAAAACAGCAACCACAGCUGCAAUCAAAUGGGGGAUAGAUCAUGAGGAAGAAGCAAGGCAAGCCUAUGUCAAGCUGACAGCAACCCAACAUGAGAACCUGAAUGUGGAGAAAUGUGGGUUUAUAAUAAAUCCAUCCUUUCCAGAAGUCGGGGCUUCUCCUGAUGGUUUCAUCAACUGCACAUGCUGUGGGAAAGGGUGUCUGGAAAUCAAAUGCACAUUUAAGUACCAGAACAACUUCAUCAUGCAGGCCUGUGCAGGUGACAGCAAUUUUUGUCUCCAGCUAACUGAUGGGGAACUAAACCUUAAGCAGACACACAAGUACUACAGCCAAGUACAAACACAGAUCUUUGUGACUGGGUCAAAGUAUUGUGACUUUGUAGUGUGGUCACAGAAAGACUGUGUUGUAGUUCGGAUCUUACCCAAUAUGGCCUUCUGGACGACACUUCUGGCAAAGGCACAGAACUUUUUCUUCAAGGUGUCUUUACCAGAGCUUGUAGCUUGUUACUACACCCGAGCAGCUUCCACAGCGCCCAAUGCUAAGCCUUUAACUGAAAUACAGCCAUCUUGCACAAGACCAGGAAAACAGACACAAAAGAACAUGACCAAAAUGUGGUGCCUUUGCAAAGGGCCCGAAGAGCAGGAUGACAUGGUGGCUUGUGACAAUGAAAACUGUGCAAUUCAGUGGUUCCACUUCAGGUGUGUAGGACUCACUCAGGCACCUUCAGCGAGUGAGCCAUGGUUCUGUGCCACAUGCACUAAGAUGCAAAAAUGUCAGUGA